UAUGAAUCAUUAAAAUUUCCUCCAAACGGCCCUCACCAGAUUUAAAAUGGCUGCUAUAAACGAGAGGGUAAAUUCGGAUCAAGUAGUUACUAUUUUACAAAGUUUAAAUUAUACUCAGUCAUAGAUUAAUUCAAUUGUUUCAUAGAUCACCUCCGAAAUAGGUAUCAGCAUUAACUAAAUAGACAUUAAUUAGUUUCAAUAAUUGCUCUAACCCAUAGAAUAAGAAAUCCCAAUGUAGAAGCUCACAUCCGAAUAAAUUUAUGCAAUAUAUGCAGAAUUUCGCUAAGCCUUGCAUUUUUAGAACAUAGAAAAGGUUAGGCAAAUAUUAAGUAUCGCAUUGAUUUGAUUUAACUUAGCUACGUAUCAAAAGGACAUUGAUCUAGUGAAUCGAAUUGAUCCAUAGACUCGAUAAAUUUCAACAUUCAUUGCAAUAAUAGGUUCAGAUGAAGAUGUUUCAUUGCAAUUAUUGAAGUACUUAUGCGAAUUAGGAGCAAACAUACACUAUAAAGACAACCUAAAAUAAUCCAUCCUUUUUUAUAUUUGCAGAGAUGGAAGGACUAAACUAUUUGAUUAUUUAGUAUCAUAAGGAAUCAACAUUUCUGAUACUGAUUCAUAUGGUUAAACUCCAUUAUUCUAUGCUUCAAGAGAAAAUAGAAUUGACAUUAUUUCAAGGUAAUCAUUGCAAUCAACCAUUUAGAUUUAUUAAAUUGGGCAGUGAUGUAGCACAUCUUGAUACUUUAUCAUGUUAGACAGCCUUAUUUUAUGCAGCAAGCAAAGGGCAUUAUGAAGCUUGUAAAUUAUUGAUAGAAGUAAAAAAUAUGGGUAUUUAAUUUAGGCGGGAUGUCCUGUUAACCAUUAAGAUAAUAAAAAGAAAACAGCGCUGUAUUUUGCUAAACAAUCCCAGAAAAAAGAAGUUAUUGAUUUGAUUACUGCUAGUAUGCAAAAGCAAAAGGAAGAUGUUCAUUAGAAAAAGGAGGAGAGUGUUAAAGGAGGGGAAUAAAAAUAGAAUAAGAAAAAGUAGAAGGAAGUUCCAAAAUAGCAAUAUAAAAUAUUGCAUACUGAUGACAAAGGACAACAAAGAGAAUUAACAAAUGAUGACUUUUAACAAUUUUCAAUUUAAUAUCCUGAGAUUGCAUCCCUUAUUUUAAAUGCCGAUGAUUUUAUUGAUGAAAAUAUGAUAAAUUAAUGUAAGGAAGACGAAACUUGGGAAAAGUAGGCCAAAAAAAUAAUAGGUAUUAUUUGGUAUUUAUGAAUUAACAGCAUUAAUUUGGAAAGCAAAAGGAGCCUACUUUUUCCAUAAACCAGUUGAUCAAAAGGAAUUUCAUAUUACCGAUUACUUUGAAAUCGUAAAAAAACCAAUGGAUUUUGGAACUAUAAAAGUAAAUCUAUAUGACAAAUAAAUAGAAUAAAUUAAAUGUGAAUGCAUAUAAAAACUUUAGAGAAUUUCAUACAGACAUGUUAUUAGUCUUUGAUAAUUGCGUGCUUUAUAAUGGAAACUAGAGUGCAAUAGGAUAAAUAGGAGUGAAUAUCAAAAGCGAGUACUUGAGCCUGAUUGAAUAGAAUGGUUUAAUUAAAUAUUUCUGAAUUAUAUAUACAUGUUUGGGUAUGAAAUUUUUUAAG